ACAUUGUUGAGGAAAACGCAAAUAUAUAUAUAUAAAAUAUUUUCCUUUGCCUUCGUUUUCCCGGCAACCAAACAGAAAUUCAAUUUUUUUCCUCGUAAGGUAAAUUAAACUAGAAACAGCAGGGUGAGCAAAUAUAUAAGAAACAAGCACAUAACGGAGAGGGCCAGGUUUCCUACUCCGCUGAAGCUUCAAAAACCUCAAAAUGGGGAAAGAUCGAAAUGGAUCUCUACGCGAUGAAGAUAACUCAGAGAAAAAAGGAGCAAGAAAAUCCAAAGGGAGGAAAGUGAAGGAAAGCUCUGCUGAUUCCGAAGGUAGUAGAAGUUCUGAAGAAGAUAGUAAACGCGAGAAAAAGCAGAAGGGAGACCCGAGCUCCAAGAGAAAAUCACGAAGGAAGUACAGUGACGAAGAGCCUUCGGAUUCAUCUGAUGAUAAUAAAAGCGAGAGAAAGCCGAAAAAGAGAGACCGGAGCUCUAAGAGAAAAUCACGAAGAAAAUACAGUGACGAAGAGUCCUCGUAUUCAUCUGAUGCCGACUCGCGGUCAGAGGAUACGGAUUCGGGCUCGGAUUCUGAAUCGGAAAGUUCGGAGUAUUCGUCGGAGGAUAGCGAGGAGAGGAGGCGGAGGAAAAAGAGGGAGAGGAGAAGGAGGGAGAAGGAGGAGGAGAGAGAGAGGAAGCGGAGGAAGAGAGAGAAGGAGAGGAAGAGGAAGAGGAGGGAGAGGGAGGAAGAGAAGAGAAGGAAGAAGAAGAAAAAGGAGAAGGACAAAGGGAAGAAGGGAGCGGUGACGAAUUUGUGGGGAAAGUAUGGGAUUAUAAGACAAACUGAUAUGUGGAACAAGCGACCUGAGUUCACUGCAUGGUUAGCAGAAGUUAAACAGGUAUCCUUGGAAGAUCUCCCAAACUGGCAAGAGAAGCAGAUGUUCACGGAAUUCAUGGAGGAUUACAAUACGGCUACACUUCCUUCAAAAAAAUAUUAUGAUAUUGAUGCUUAUUACAGACGCAAAUUGGAAAAAGAAACCAAAAAGGGCUUAAAGAAAGUCAUGGAUACAGAGCGUACCAUAUUUAAUGAUGAAGAACAACGCAGGCAAGAACUGCUGCUAGAGCGUGAGAGACAAAAGGAACAGGAAGUUGAAGCAUUAAAAAGUUCAAUGCAGAGUGGAAUGGCUCAAGCAAUGAAAGAGCAAGCGCAGCUCAGAGAAGAGAUGGCUUACCAGUACAAGCUUGGCAACUUUGAGGCUGCUGCUGCUAUUCAGAGAAGAUUGGAUCCAGACCUUCCCAUGUAAAGGGGUUUGCUGCUAACUGAGGGUUGAAACUGUUCACAUUUUCGUUUCUCGACCAGGCAGUGAUAAUGUAAGUUUCAUGGAGUUCCUUGAUUUUUUACCUAGAGUCUGAAGGCUGGUUUCCAGAUUUGUCAUCCACUUGACUAUCUACAGAGGCUUUUUUUCCCCCUCAGCUACCUCUGUUUUAACACUAUCAAUGGCAAUUGGUAAUUAGAUGAUAGUGGGGGCUCAGUGAGUAUUACCCUCGCAGGUGGAGAUGUUUCCCUUGAACUUGUCAGAAUGUUAAAAAAUGUUGUUUGUUUCUCUAGAAAUUCAUUUUGAAGAGCAGUUAUAAAUAUGAUGCGUGCCCCAUUAUCCUGUUA